UUUUAUUUAUUUUUUUUUUUUUGACAGCCCUAUAAUUAAUGAUAGUUGUGUCAUCGUAAUGUGAGAAUGUUAGGUAAUCAUUUCUCCUAAAUUUGCUAAUUUCACCACAACAACAACUAAAGCAAAAUCCGAUAAACGGUGACAGAGGGGUAGAGUGGUGGAAUUAGGAAAUGGGAUAUAAAGUAGACUAUGAUGGAUAGAGGAGGGAGAGAGUAGUGAAGUAGGAUAUACACAUACAAAAAGUUUCGACGGAUGUGAUGCAUUCGUGUGUGAGGGGGAGGGAGCGUGGGGUCACCAUUGAUUGUAUUGAUAAGCUCCUUUCCGAUAACAGUAACAUCGAAACACCAAAAACAAAUACAAUACAGCUUUUGGAAGACAAGAAAGGAAAAUACAAAGAGAGUAGUUUUGACAGCAAAAAGAAACCGAAAACAAGAUCGCAUGAGGGAAGUGCUGUUGCCAGAAUCGGGAAGUAGCGGUGUCGGGGCAUGAGUCACGGCGCGGAAGGGUUGCACCACGCUGAGGCGACUCGUGUGUUGCAUCACGUUUCUCCACGAAGGCAGAUAAAAGCUGCGCCAGUCCCGUCACCCGCACCAGUACUCAGUGAGCAGUAGUAGAAAAGCAAUACAUUAGCACAGCCGCGCCACGGUGAUGUCUUGCACAACCACAAAAGUCGGAACAAACCUCAUCGAUACCGAGAUGAGUGAGGUGCCGCACACACUGCCCGACGCCAGGACCAUCUGCUCCUUCUACUUGGAGGGAAGGUGUCGGUUUGGCGAGAAGUGCCACAACGUUCAUCCUGCGGGCGUGGUGCCGACGAGGGUCACCAAGCCCAAGAGUGUAGUGAAAAGGGAGCCUCAAGAAAACAAUGACAAGAAACCUCCUCUGAAAACUGCUGGCGAUGUGAGGAAGAGAAUUCAGUGGGAUCCAGAUCUCCCCAAGGAACAUUUCACCGUCGGGUAUCUAGAUAGAUUCACUGGUGUGGUGGAGAAGCCUUUCACCGCCUUCACGUGGGAACAUCUGUCCAUGGUGGAUCUGGACCAGCUGGCGGUACCUCAGCAUCGCAUUCAGUAUUACAAGUAUAAGGAUGUCAAAGUCUGGGACAAGAGGGAGCGGCUGGACCUCGUGUUUGGCAGCGCGGGCGGAAACAGCACCAUCAGAGAGGUUAUCCAAAGAGUGGAGGAAGAACUUGCCGAGAAUAUGUGUGUUUCUGACGACCCGGACUAUGGUAACAACCUACAGAUAGAAGGAACGUAGCCUGGGUCCAGAAUAGACUCGUUAUUUCGAUUUCCGAGAGGCAAAGUCUGAGGAAUCUUGAAUACCCGCGCACUUUGGCAAUCAUGUGAGCGAGGAUGUGUGACGGAGGUUCAGUAUUGGUGGUACAGGUGGUGGUGUCUACGUGCGUGAGCGAUGCUUGACAACCGCCUUCACAUUAAUUCAUGGUUCGUCAUUACUUUGUUACUGGUGGCUUAGAUUCUCUUGGUUUGUGCCUCGUUAUCUAGUCCUCCGCGAGUAUCUUAUCAAGAAUGACCACUGAUAUUAAUGUUUACUGAUAUACUACAAUAAAGAGUACGAAAGGGA